AGGGACGCAAUCGAGUUUUCGGAUGGCUACGCCUGCGCGUUUCUCACUCUCUCUCAAGUCUCAAUCUGAAUUCCUGAGAAGCAAACAAGCCUCGCCUCGCCCUAUAGCAGCCUCCCACAUGUAAUCGAAACAUAUAACAAUUAAAAUAACCUCCCAAUCAAAUCAAAUACCGCUGUGGAUAAAGUUUCUGCCCUUCUGGGUAUAUCCCUUUGCCUCGUUCCUCGCAAUUCCAAUUUCUUGAAUCGUUGCCCUCCCUUUUUCUUCGAUUGCUCAUCGUAUUUUCAUCUCGUUUGGUGAUUUUUCUCGAGCAAACAUGAUGAGGGGACAACAAGAUCAGCAAUCUCGGAUGUUCUACGAGCUGUCCACUCUGGUUCUCAAUAUUCUUCGAUCUUCUCCGGUUCCAAUCUCUUUGCCCGAUCAUCCUUCAGCCUUGCCGCCGUCGAGGCCAUCGCCUUCCUUGAGCCAGAUCACACCUGCCGGAUUUGCCUCCUUGCUUUUGGGAAUUUCGUUGUCUUUGAUGCUCUGUGGAUCGGUUACUUUCUUUCUUGGGUUCUUCCUGAUGCCCUGGGUUUUUGGAUUGGUCAUGGUGUUGUAUGUGGUUGGAAUUGUCUCCACCCUCAGGAUGUUGGGGCGUUCAAUUCUUUGUUAUGCUACGUCCCCGGCAGAGCCACGCAAGGAGAUUCCUGCGUGGAAGCUGUUGUAGAAGGGUUUGAAGCUGUACGAAUUGUGUUUGGUGCUUCCCCAUGCAACCUAUGGGAGGAUUGAGGAUGGAGAUUGCCGGGUUUCUUCAGCAUUACAGCAGGGAAUCAUGGAUUAUUUGGAGUUUUUACUGAAACUUGUUGAAAUCACUACUCGUUUAAUUAGAGAAAAUAGCGGGAUCUGAAUCACUGCUCAAGAUGCGAGGUGGUUUUUACCAGUUUCUUUCAGCUGUUUUCAUUUAAUUUUUUUUAGACGUUGCUAUCAAUAUCAUAUUCUGUAAAUUUGUAAUGUACCAAUAUAGUCUCGAGAAGGUGAGAACAGAGUUGCAACAAGGCAUGAGAAAAUCUGGGAUGGGGUUGUCGCUGCAGUCUAAAGCAACCCAUAGAUAUACACACAUAUAUAUUCUUUUGGUUAUAUUCGGUUCUGUUAUGUAUCAAAGUCUGCUCUGUAAUACAAAGUGCGAUUGAACAAAGAUCGGAGUAAUAUAUUCAUAUUGAAAUGGUCAUUCAAUUAGGAGCAGAGCUUGGUAAUUA